AUGGCAGAGACACCACAGGCCAAGCUCCAGGCCCUCUCAGAGGAGUUCACCAAGCUACAAACAGAGAUGCAGACCGUCGUGUCGUCGCGGCAGAAGCUCGAGGCGCAGAGGCAGGAGAACAGCGGCGUCAAGAGCGAGUUCGGCAAGCUCAAGGACGACGAGGCCAUCUACAAGCUCGUGGGGCCGGCCCUGCUCAAGCAGGACAAGGUCGAGGCCGAGUCCACCGUCGACGGCCGCCUCGAGUUCAUCAACAAGGAGAUCACCCGCCAGGAGUCCCAGAUCAAGGAGACCCAGGAGAAGGUUGAGCGCGUCAAGGGCGACAUCAUCAGGAUCCAGACCGCCGCCCAGUCUGCAGCCCAGGGCAAAGCUCCUGCUGCUGCUGGGGCUGGGGCGGCGAAGGCGUGA